AUGGCGGACGAAGAACAAUUCUCGUUAUGUUGGAAUAAUUUUAAUACAAAUCUAUCGGCUGGAUUUCAUGAAUCAUUAUGCCGGGGUGAUCUCGUUGAUGUAACUUUAGCAGCCGAGGGACAAUUGGUUAAAGCUCAUCGGCUCGUCUUAUCAGUAUGUUCUCCAUAUUUUCGCAAAAUGUUUACGCAAAUGCCAGCAAAUCAGCACGCUUUCGUUUUCCUAAAAGACGUUAGCUCAUCAGCACUAAAAGACUUAAUACAAUUUAUGUAUUGUGGAGAAGUUAAUGUUCGACAAGAAGCAUUACCUGCAUUUAUUAGCACAGCAGAAGCACUACAAAUAAAAGGGCUCACAGAAUCUAAUGAAGCAGUGACGGCAACUGGAUCCUCAUCACCUACCAAAGAAGUAAUUACAUCAACGCCUUUGCCAGAUACAGCAUCGAUUCGUGCACGCGGUACAGUUCGUAGUGUCAGCAAUCGUCCUCAAGCUUUCAAAAUUGAAUCUGAAGAAAGUAGUGAUGAGAAACAAACCGUUACAUUAGUACAAAAUCAAACAGCUAAGCGAAUUGCUCGUCAAUCGAUUCCUACAUCUGCACCAAAACGAAUUAAGACGCAACUCAGUCAAGAUACGCCCGAUCCACUCGAUGCACCUGACCAUGAAAUUGUGACACCCCAGCAACUUAAGGAAACGACAGAAUUCAUUGACUUGCCAAUUGAAACGACUUCAUUGAAUCCUAAAACUGAACCGGAAUAUGUUGAAGACACACAAGAAAUUGAGACUGAACAGGACGAUGAUAACCAAUAUGUUGAGGAUGUGACUUAUGGCGAAGAGAAAUAUGAGGAAUCGUAUUUCACGGAAGGCGAUGACAACAAGGCUGGCGUAUCUGGAUUUAGUGAAACAUAUGCAACUGAAGGUGAUCAAUCGGCAACGGAAGCUCAAGAUUCAAGCAUGUAUAACAUUUUCGAUGAUAUACAAAUGGUCGCAUCAGGAAAAGGAGGAACUUGUGUGCUACUUAACGACUACAAAUUUAAUCUUCACAACAAAAAUAACGAUGGAGUUUCAUAUUAUAGAUGCAUGAAGCAUAAACUGGAGAAAUGUCCAGCAAGAAUCAAAUUACCUCCAACAAACAACGAAGCAUAUUUACUUCGCGAGCAUAAUCAUGAUCCUGAUCAUGCAGACUUUGACGCAAGCUUGCUAGUCAGCUUGAACGUGACAAAUGAGAUUGAAAUAAUUACAAGUUCCAACGGAUGUACUUUAAUAUUCCAUAAAAGCUAUAAAUAUUUAAAAUCUGGUGAAAGUAAAACAACUAUUCAAUAUAGAUGUUCUGGUUUUGUCAAGAGAUGCAAAUCGAGAUUAAUUUAUAAUAAAGAAAAUAAAUCAGUCAGAAAAAAUGAGAUUGCGCAUAACCAUGAUGCAGAUCAAAAAGCUUACAAACAAUUCCUCAAGACUUCUUCAGUUAUUCAGCGAUUUAGUGAUUAA